AUGGCCGUGCCUGUGCGAAUUUCCAGCAAGUUCGAGCAUCUCCUCCCCGUCGCCACCGUCACACAACCAAUGCAAGAAGAGAGACAAGUUGAUUGCUGCAGCAUCUGUCUCGAGAGUUUCAGUGUGGGGCAGAAAGUGACGCUACUCCCAUGCACGCAUCUCUUUCACCGUCGCUGUGUGCAUACUGCAUUCAAGCAUGAUCACCGGUGUCCCGUCUGCCGGCGAGAGUUUCCGCUGUCUGAGCGCCACCAGUAUGGGCUUCUGGGUCGCCCCCACCACCACCACCACCAGCGGCGGCGCUUGUUGAGUGAUUUCUUUGAUCUGGGGAUCCCGCCUUUGGGAAGAGGGUUUUUGGGGUUUUUAAGGAAGCUGUGCUUUAUUGAUGAACUUGAGGAGGAGGUUCUUGGAGGUGUUCUGAUAGAAGAUGAUGUUCUUUGA